AUGAGAUCACCCAUCAACAUUAGAACAUUAAGAGACAUAGCAAGACGUGAAGAAUUCGAAAAAACUGAAGUACUAAGAAAAGCUUAUCUAUACGUAUCAAGAAACGAAACCUUACCAGUCAAAAUUAGAGCUCAAGCUCAAUUAUCUUUAAAUAAUUUACCUUCAAAUUCUCAUCCAACUAAAAUUCAUGAACGUUGUAUAGUUUCAGGUAAAGGUCGUGGUGUGAUUGCUAAACUAGGACUUUGUAGACAUCAACUUAAAUUAAAAGCAACUAGAGAUAAAUGGAUGGGAUUUGAAAAAGCAAUUUGGUAA